AUGGCCCCCAAUUGUUCGUUCGUCUUCGUUCCCGGCGCGUGGCAUCGUCCAGAAACAUGGGACAAGCUCAUCGCAGAAAUUGAGCCAAAGGGAUACAAAUGCGUCGCUGUCACCCUUCCUUCGACCCUAUCAGACCCUGCAAUUACGUUUGAGGACGAUGUUAAGGCUGUGCAGAAUGCCAUUGUAAAAGAAACGACUCUAGGCCGCGACGUCGUGCUGGUUGUGCACUCAUACGGCGGCCAUGUUGGCAACAGCGCAAUCAAGGGUUUCGCCGCAAAAGAUUCCCGUCCGGGCCGUGUUAUCGGACUCGCCAUGAUGGCCACGGGCUUUACCGUCUCGGGACGAUGUUUCAUGGACGGCCUGGGAGGCAAACCGCCGCCGGAAUGGAAGGAUGAUGUAGAAAAUGGCUUCGUUGUUAUAGUUGUGGAUCCGAGGGAAAUGUUUUACCACGAUCUCCCGGAGAAAGAAGGCACGGCUUGGGUCAGCAAGCUCACCAAGCAUAGUCUGAAGUCCUUAUACGAGGGCGCGCCGUAUUCCUAUGCCGGCUGGCAAGACGUGCCGUGCUGGUUUCUCCUUACAACGCAGGACAAGGCGCUACCGGCUCAGGCUCAACACAUGUUUGUCAAGGCAGCGCAGGACGCGGGGGCAGAUGUGACGGUGCGGGAGAUUGAGAGCAGCCAUUCCCCGAUGCUGAGUCGGCCAAAAGAGACUGCUGACUUCGUACUCGAAGCUGCUGCGGAUUUUGAGCGCAAACGACGGAAUUGA